AAUAUGCAGAGGGCGUUAUUUUUCGACGCAAACAUUCAUGACCUAUCGAGAUCCAUAAGAUCAAAGUUUUACAGCAUUUUCGAAUUUUUAAUACUGUUACGUAUAUUAUUACGUAUAUCUUCUCACUGCCUUAGAUCAUGUCAAAGAGCAAAAUUCAACAUCAAGUUGACAAUGGUAUUGUAGCUGUUAAGAGUAAGUUUGAUGCUGACAUUAUAAGAUUCUCAGUUAGAAGAAAUGAGCCUAUCAGUUAUGAAGAUUUUAGAAAACUAUUAGCAGAACGUCAUGAUAUUGGUCCUGAAUUAAACUUUCUUAUUUGGUAUACGGAUCCAACAGAUGGAGAUUUACUGCCAAUUAACAAUGAUAACAAUUUGGCCAGAGCAUUACUUGCUGCAAAGCCACUUCUUAGAAUAUUCAUACAGAGGAAAGGUGAUGGAUUGGAAGAUAUAAAUGGAUAUGGUACAAUGAAACCAAAAAAUUUAAUUUCAAGUAUACUUGGUGGUACUCCUGGUAAACCAAAGUCUUUGGCAAUAUCAAAUCCGCAUGAUUUUCGACAGGUAUCUGCGAUCAUUGAUGUGGAUAUAUUACCUGAAACUUGUCGCCGUGUUCGACUUUUAAAGCAUGGAUCAGAUAAACCGCUAGGUUUCUAUAUUAAAGAUGGCGAAAGUUUUCGAAUAUUACCACCAUCAGCUGGAGGUGGAAUUGAAAAAGUACCAGGUGUCUUUAUUAGUAGAUUAGUACCAGGUGGUUUAGCAGAAAGCACUGGUCUGUUAGCAGUAAAUGAUGAAGUAUUAGAAGUUAAUGGAAUAGAAGUAGCUGGAAAAACUCUUGAUCAGGUCACGGAUAUGAUGAUAGCAAAUUCUUCAAACCUUAUAAUAACAGUUAAACCUGCCAAUCAACGAGCUGCUCUUGCAGCACCACGACGUGGUUCCUUUUCACGUAAUAGCCAAUUAUCAUCAGGAAGUCAUCAGUCAACGCAAAGUGCAGCUACAGGUAGUGAUGAAGAUGCAGAUGAAAUUUUAGAUUUAACAGGUGUCACACUUCAUGAUGAGGCAGCAACAUCUGUAUCUCAACAUCAUCAUUUCCAUCAACAUCAUCAUCAUCAAAAUCAUUUCAAUCACGACCAGGGUGUUUUGCAUCUGUAGAUAAAAGG